CAUCAAGUGAGUAGGUGAUCUGUUCUUUGUCUCAUUACUUGCGUAAGUUAGGGAUGAAGUCCUUUUGAAGGACUGACAUCUCGAAUACUGCGUCAUGGCAGCAUUGUGGUGCCGCUGUGAAGAAUGUGAAAAUUUGAAGGUAUGCCUUUGACAUGGACACCUUCGCUUAACUUCUGGGCCACUCGUGAAUGUGAUUUGAAGGUCAAAGCCGUUUAUUCCCUUUGUCCCUGCCACUGUGGUUCAUUAGGCGAAACUUUGGCCUCCGCAUGCUAUAUAAAGACGGUAACUCUCUGGACCUUCCCAUUUCCACUUCCCCCAUUUUCCCAUACUACGUUGGUAUCCUUUACCUCUGAAACCGUUCAGUCAAGUUCUCUUUCUAGAAACCAUGCCCGCCUUAGUUCGUCAAUCAAAGGAAAGCCAGCUUGAGUCGAAAAGCCUGGAGGAUCUAUUCUGUGGCCUAGCCACAGACAAGAACUUCAUCUCAAUACCCGCAGGGCCUCCCACUGGACUCAAACGCGACACCAAAUUCGAACCCAACUAUGAUGCCAAGGACCUGCUUCUUAGUCGCGACGAGAUCAUAGCUACCAGAAUUCCCGAUUAUGCCGACGCCAACGAGCCGUCGACUGUUCUUCUAUCCUUGAAACAUACCAAAGACCAACUUCUCUCUAUAUCAGGAUUCCCAGAGCCACUCGAGCCUCUCUCGGAGAAGAAGUAUGAGGUCAAGCCCAUCGAAGGGAUAGGCAUGGGCAUAUUCGCAACCGAGGAUAUCGCAAUCGGUGAAACCAUCAUUCGUGAACGUCCCUUGCUGGUAUAUCCAGUGGCUUUGCCCAUUGAUGAAAGUGGCUGGCCAAAGACUUUUCAUGAAACUGCUGCCGACCUAAUGACAGAAGAUGCGAAGCUGGCGUUUUUCGACUUGCACAAUUGUCAUGGCGAAGCUAAACCAGAAGCCACCGGUAUCAUUGCCACGAAUGGGCUCGAAAUUGGUGAGUUGCCUGGAUAUCAAGGUCCUUAUGGUGCAGUGUGCAAGGAGAUCUCGCGAGCAAAUCAUAGUUGCUCGAACAAUGCGAUCUUUUCUUGGGAUAUGUUGUCUUUCACGGAAGAACUACGUGCCGUCCGGGCCAUUGGAAAGGGCGAAGAGAUCUGUAUCAGCUAUGGCGGCCACUAUCAAAGUCACCCUCGAGCCUCGCGACAAACGAACCUUUUGAUGUACAACUUCACCUGCAACUGCCCGACUUGUGCUCUUCCAGAGGAAGAGUCUAAGAAGAGUGAUGCUCAGCGUGCUAUCAUUCAGAAGACGGCUGAAAAAGACUUGGACGGAUUCAACUUGAAUGGCGACCUCGACAUUCUACUGUGGUGCAUGGAUCAUUCUCAGCCGAAGGACAAGAUUAUCAAGAGAUGUCUUACCAUGCUCGACAUGAUGGACCAGGAAGGAAUCUAUCCCGAAUGCUGGUUGUAUUACUCCAAGCUUUGUAAGGCGUACUGUGCAUUGGAAGAUGCUGACAACGCUCGACUUUGGGCGAAGAAGGCAGCAGCUCGUAUGCGAGGAGAGCAUGGAUGCGACGGCGGGUUCCACGCUGUUGCUGAAAAGCCUGAGGAAACAAUGUGCUGGGGACUCAGGACUCUCCCGUCUGAGGGUACCUCCGAAGAGGGUAUGUAGCGCAGGGGUGGGCCCUGACCUCAGGCAAACAUGGACAAUGUUCUGUACCGCGUCGUUGUUGUUUCUAUCGUUGUGUACUGUAUCACUGUUGCAGACUCCCGAUAACGUAUUAGUACUAUCGGUGACCCAGUAAUGCAAUUCAAUUGCACUUCC